GUCUAACUCUCAGUCUUGCUUCACAUCUUCAAAUCGUCUACAAUCUUGCUAGAUUCCCACUUCAAAUUCAAUCCUCACUCACCCAUCUGAUCUUAAAAUCUCUUUUAAAACACACUUGAUAUCCUUUGUUGAUCUAGACCGUUCGAGGGUUUACUCUUAUCUGAUCAUUAACCCCAGAUUACCGUUCUUAUUCCCGUUGGGAUACUCAACCACACAGUUUUUAUUUUUUGUCGGCACCCAAUCUGUUUAUUGUUUAACACUCUCAGUUCGCGCGUUUGAGUUUGAAGUACAAUUGAGUUUAUAAGAGACAGAGAGAGAGACAGACAGACCCAAUAAUCGAUCUCCUUGUUUUUUCAAUCCUUUCUGCAAAAUCCGAUUUCUGAUCAGGAACUACUUGUGUAGAAAAAAAACAUCGGUUUUAUCGAUAUAUAACAACUUAUUCCAAGUCGUCUUCAACUUCAACCUUACAUCCAUAUCCUCAUCUUCAUCUUCAUCAGUAUCAUUAACUCGAGUUCCAUUAUUAGCUUUAAAAUCUUAUCAAUUCAUUUAUCUUACAAUCAUCAAAAGUAAACAUGAAUUUCUCCGUGAUGAAUUUACACUCGGUUUCUUUAGUAUUGAUGAUUUUAUUAGCUAUGAAUGAUUUGAUGGCUAGUCCGGUUCCAACUGAAUAUACCCAAUCGACUCAAUCAGAUGCUGUUUCAGGAUGUUAUAGCCCCGUUCCUCAAAAAGAGAAACAUCAUCAUCAAUACUCUGCUCCGAUUUCGUAUGGAUCUGAUCAAGGUUCAAACAGUAGUGAUUACACUGACGAGGUAGAAAAUUCGGCUAGUAAAAUUAAUGGGAUUACUUUGGAUUCCACUCUCGAGUUGGAUUCAAACAUUAAACAGAAAUUAACCAAAGAGAAAUACGCUCGACCUCCACCUUACAAACGUAGUUUAGUUGAAUCUUCAAAACUUGAGAAGUCAAGAUUGAUUUAAAAAGUUUCUAUAAAAGAAAACAAAAGUAUUCAUUUAGUUUUAUGAUCCUCAAAGCAAUUAUUAACCUUUAUAAAUUAUAUUAAUUACCAAAACCAGAAAAAAAAACUAAUCAAAUUACUCAUCAUUUUAUAAUUUUCCUCUUACCAUCUUUCUGAUUGUGUUUAUUUCCCUUUUUCAUUUUUGAGAUUUAAUGAAAUCUUGGUUUCCUGAUUAUAAUUUUCUUGAACUUGUUUUUAUUGAUCUUGUUUUGUGCUUUAUUUUAAUUUUGUCUGUGCUUCAACUUUUUUAUUUUGUUAUAUUUUAAUCAUUUGAUCUUUUGUAAAUCUUUGAUUCAUUUGUUUGUUUUGUUUUUCAAAAUAAGUCAAGUCAAAAGAAGAUCAAAAAGUUCAAAAGUCAGUAAAAAAAACCCCAAUUUGUUCUCAAAACUUUGUUUUCAUCUUUUAUUUCAACAUCAAUCCAAUUAUCUUCUCUUAUCAAUCCAUUCAUCAUCAAUUGUUGUUUUUUGUUUUCUUCUUCUUCAUAAAAAAAACUGAUCAUCAUUCAACACGUUUAUUAAACCUUGUGAGGUGAGAAGAGUUGGGUCAAGAAUUACAUUCUUGAGUGUGAUAUGAAUUUGAUUUACAAGCUUUGAAGAGGUCGGAAACUUGACGAGUUUGGAGUGUUGGAUUUACUAUACUUGAAAUAUAAAGAUGUGUUUGAGUGGUCAAGUUUGGAUUUUUUCCAGAGUAGGAUCAUCAUGAUGUUUCUUAGGG